AUGACCCGCGGCGGGCGAACAAGUUCGGCCCCUCGGAGGCCAGUUGACUUGACUAGCAACCUCUCUGUCGCCGAGAAAAACGAUCUGACGACCCUGAUCACAGCUAUUACCGAGAAAUUACACAAUGAUAUUAGUAUCAUCUUUGAUUCGCCUCCAGUCACCCCUACUCUCGGAGACUUGAGCUUGAAUAACAUUGAUCAAGUUGACAUCGGACAUCAUCACUGGCUGGCUCUAUCACUCCAGACAAAUGGCAAAGAGAAUGUCGACCCAAGACACUCGAAUGCGGGAAAUGGGAUGCCCAAAAUCACACGAACACACAACACUGCAGCUCCAUCUGCUGGUAAGGAGGAAUCAGAGGCUAUCACACCACAACUGAGGGAACUAAAGAAGGAGGCUUUGGUAUUCUUCAGAAAGUGGCAGUCAAUCUUUCUGCAGCGCCUUCGUGAUAUCAGCGUCACGGAAUCGAACGGUUCUCAGUCUAACAUGCGGGGCCGUGGCCGUGGCAAUGCAAGAGGUGCACGAGGUGGUCGUGCCGCUCGUGGUGGACGAGGAGGGGGUCGUGGAGGUCUGACCUUGGCUACCGGUCCCCCCAAAGUACCAUCAGCGCAUGUCGAUCGUGAAUUAUCCCGACGGUUUCCCCCAAUCCCAACCUCUCUCUGGACUCUUCCAUUGGACAAACGGAAGCUUCUACUUCAUAUUUCACUGUUGAUUGUCAUCUCUCUUCAGGAGUACACUGCAUAUGCACGAAUGACACUUCUUAACCUUACCUCAUCGCUCAACCUUCCUUUGAGAGUGCUACAUGAGGAAGAAAAACGAAUCGCCCAAGGUUUCAGUCAACUGGCAGUUGAUUCAGCCUUUGAACAGGCUUCGCAGCAGAGCCAGGAUGAGAACAAGCCGGUUCUGAAGUCAAAGGCACGCAUAGCUGCCAUGACUGGUCCUUUCAGACUUGGAACCCAACUUAUCGCUGUAGGCAUCGGGACAGCUCAUGGCGGACACGGCUUGAGACUUCCAACAGCUGCAGGGUUAUUGGGGCCCAUGGCGGAUAAUGGUCCAUCCACUGGCUCUAUGCUAGGAAUAUACACAGCAAGACCGACUAACAAGAUGAUCGAGUCUUUUGCUCGUGAAAUUCAAGAUUUUGGCCUCGUGCCUCUUCGGGACGAAUUUCAGGGGGAUUAUGUAGAUGCAACGGCAAUCCCAUCUACGUCCCGACGCCUUCGCCUAGUCAUUGCUAUCAAUGGAUGGGUGACUGAUCAAGACAACCUCACAGGAUCUUGGAAGAUCCUUGGUGAUAAUGCAGAGGUGUAUAUUUUGCGAUGGGAGAUGACCGUCCUUAGCAAUAUAGGCACUGCACUUGAGACAGUUGUCAAGAGUUCAGCUUGGGCUGCAGCAAAGCAAGCUAUCUCUUCACGAACAAUUUUCAGAAACCUUAUCGAGGCAACGUGGCCAAUGGAACUUAUGAAAGUGAGCAAGAUCAUCGAUAACCCCUGGAGCAUGGGGAUGGUUCGCGCCGAAAAGGCUGGUGCCGUUCUUGCGGACGCAGUCAUGCGCAGCAAGAUCCAGGGCGAUCGCCCCGUGUCUCUUGUUGGGUUUAGCCUAGCGGCUCGAGCUAUCUAUGUAUGCCUUAUGAUACUCGCUGAACGUCGUCAGUUUGGCCUCGUCGAUUCUGUGGUCUUAAUGGGUACGCCAGCUCCUUCAGAGAGCCGUGUUUGGUUGACCUUGAAGAGUGUUGUAUCCGGUCGUCUGGUCAAUGUCUACUCGGAGAGUGACUAUCUUCUCGGGUUUUUAUAUCGCACUUCCAACAUUCAUUUCGGACUGGCGGGCCUCCAAAAGAUCCAAGGUGCAGACGGUGUCGAGAAUCACAACGUUAGCAACCUUGUGAAUGGACACUUGCGCUAUUCGACUCUUGUUGGCAAGAUUCUUAAAGACAUUCAUUGGGAGGACCUAGACCUGAACGCCUGGAAAGCGGAGAAGCUGCGCAGGACCACUUAG